GCCUGUCACGUGACGGCCCUCAGCAGUCUUUGGGCGAAGUGGACACGAAAGACAGCAAGGAGCGUUAGCCUCCUGGGCUACCGACGGGGUUAACAACACGGCGACAACUUGGCUGUUCUGGGUGGUUGGUCGACGACGUUCUUAUAGGUCGGGACUUGACUCGGAGUAGCUUCGUGUGUGGAGGGCCACAAAGCGGCUCGCUCGACAUUAGCUUCGGUUUAGGUAGCUAGCCUAGCGUCUUUCAUAAAACAGCUCGCUCCGUUUCAAACAUGAUAGAUAUAACGCCAACUUUAAUGCACAAUUGUUUUAAAAUGUGAGCGAUUUUUAUUCGUUUAACCGAGAGCUUGAGUUAGCGCUGCGGUGGACAAGUUUAAGCUUCUUAUUUGCUAAACCCGGAGGAUUUCACCUCCCAGCUUUAAUGGCUGUGUAUUGAUCCAAAGUGUGCGCUAUAAAAUAAAAUAUAGUUUAUAGUCAAAUUGCCGGUCCUAAAAUUGUGUUUAAACAGUAGAAAGUAGAACAACACGGAAAUAGAAGCGAUAGGGAGUUCCGCUGGGUGGGAGGAGGAGCGACGGCAACCAACUACAUUACAAAGUAUCUGCCGUGUUGAUCCAGAAUGAAUCCGAAUCUGCUCCCAAUGGGCAGUAGUGGACCGCAUUCCGGUGUUCGCUUUGGCGACAGGGAGCUUCAUUUCGGAAUAUGAUUCUCGUCUUUUCUAGAGUCUCUUCGAAUUUAUUAGUCGAGUAGAAACCUGUAAGGGGGGCAUGGAGGUCAGGUACCAGCAGGGUGAGCUCCUCGUCCACCCUCUCUCCAACCCGGCAGCCCCCGGGAUCUGCCCAGAGAUGCUGGAGGUAGCAGAGGAAGCCACCCGGGCAGGGGACUUCAGUCUGGCGGCCGAGAUUUACAGCUCGCAACUGUCCGACCUCCAGCAGCCGGACAGGGGCUUGUGUCUGAGGAAGGCAGACACUCUGGUGCGCGCCGGGAGGAUUUCGGAGGCGCUGGACUCUUACUGUGCGGCGGCCAACCUGGGCAAGUUGCAUCCGGAGGAGCUGCCGCUGCUGGUGGAGAACAUCGCCCGCAGCCUCCGCGACAAAGAGCCGGGCCUCCGAAGCAGCAGCAGCGGGGACAGUGGGGAAGACUGCGACGGGGAAUGCACCGAGGACGAGACUCUGGACUUGUUCUCCUGCGGCGUGUGCAGAUGUCUUCUCCAUGAGCCCUCCACCGUGGAGUGCGGGCACACGUUCUGCAAACGCUGCCUGGAGAGGGACUCUGUCACGGACUGUGUGCACUGCAAACAGGCCAUCAUGAGGAAAGAGGGGUUGCCCAACGGACGGAGACUCGACGUGGUCCUCAGCGGCCUGUUGGACAAGCUAUUCGCCACCGAAAGCAGGGCCCGGAAGCUGUGGAUCGAAGGGGAGGUUCUGUGGCACAACCACAACCUGACCGAGGCCCUGCAGAAGUACGACGAGGCCGUGGAUUUGGCGCCCUCUUUAGGCAGGCUGCUGUGCCAGCGGGCUGAGCUGCACCAGGAGAUGGAGAGCUCCAGCCAGGCUCUGCAGGACGCCAGCAGCCUCUGCAGGAUGAAGCCUCUCUGGCCAAAGGCUCACUACCUGAAAGCCACAACGCUGAGCCAAGCGGGUCGCAAUGAUGAGGCCUUGCAGGAGUAUUUGUUGUGUGUGGCUCUCAAGCCUAAUUGGACCAAAGUGAAACUGGAAGCUCAGAAGGUCCUCAGCGAGCUCUUCUCCUCCGUGUUCGAGAACCAAGACCUGCCGACGCCGCUGCACCCUCUGCAAGGCGGCAUAGCCUCGCGCCUCAUCAAGCCACCCGCACUGCUGAGGUCGCUCAGGCCGCUCACACAGAAACCUGCUUCAUCCUUGCAGGACUCUGAUUUGUGUAUGACUAAAAGCGCCUCCCCGGACGAGUCGUCUUCCAGGCUCUCUGCCGUCUCUCCUUGGAAAUCGGACUCUUGUGCAGUUGGAGAGAGCAGCAAGAGCCUGGCUACUGCACUGGCCACAGUACCAGCACCCCCUACUGGUGUGAAGAGGAAGCAAAGUGAUGACGCAUCCCUGGCAGCCUUCUACCCACCCUCUAAACUGCUCAAACCUGGCGAGCCCAGCAGCAUUACGACCGCAGCAGGAAGGAGGAGCGUUCCAAUGGACCUAUUGGACAGUGGUGACAUGGAGUGUUCUCUCUGCAUGAGGUUGUUUUACGAGCCAGUGGCCACGCCCUGCGGACACACCUUCUGCCUCAAGUGUUUGGAACGCUGCCUUGACCACAACCCCAACUGCCCUCUGUGCAAGGAGAAUCUAUCAGAGUAUUUGGCCACCAGAGGCUACAACAAGACACUGCUGAUGGAGGAAGUGCUGCAGCGGUACCUCAGCAAUGAGCUGGCGGAAAGGAAGAAAAUCCACGAAGAGGAGAUGAAGGAGCUCUCAAACCUGAACCAGGAAGUGCCCAUCUUUGUGUGCACCAUGGCCUUCCCCACCAUACCGUGUCCGCUGCACGUGUUCGAGCCUCGCUACCGCCUCAUGAUCCGCCGCUCCAUGGAGACGGGCACCAAGCAGUUUGGCAUGUGCAUAGCGGAUGAGCUCAAAGGCUUCGCCGACUAUGGCUGCAUGCUGCAGGUGCAAGAUGUUAAAUUCUUCCCUGACGGCCGCUCCGUGGUGGAGACGGUCGGGGUGUCUCGCUUCAAAGUCUUAAGUCAUGGCCAAAGAGAUGGCUACCAUACUGCCAAAAUAGAGUACCUGGAGGACAAAAAGGUGGAAGGGGAGGAGCUUGCUGAGCUGCUGAAGCUUCAUGACGCCGUGUACGAGCAGGCCGACAACUGGUUCACUUCGCUCAAAGACAACAUGAAGAGUCAGAUCCUCAGCCACUUUGGACACCUGCCCAGCAAAGACCCAGACCCUCAGGCAAGUCCCAGCGGGCCGGCCUGGUGCUGGUGGCUGCUUGCUGUCCUUCCGCUGGAGAACCGGGCCCAGCUCACCAUCCUGGCCAUGACCACCCUCAAGAGCCGCCUCAUCGCCAUUCGCAAGGUCCUCAUCUUUGUCACGCGGAAGAGGCCGCGAUGAUGAGGCACCAGCGGGGAACACCCCCCCACCCUCACCCCCAAAAACACCGCCGGGCGGUUGUGCACAUCCAUGCAGUCACUUUUUUUUUGUAUUUACGUGUGUUUUGGACUCCUGCUUCCUGCAUUUGUCUCUUCAUUGGACGCUGCUUCUCUUCUCUCUGUUGAUUGACUGAGCUUGGUCACAUGACUAAAAGCAGCGGCAGCAGCAGCGUCAUCCUCUACUGUACAGAUCCACAGACCUUUACAAACGGGAAGCAAAAAACGAAUGUACUGACAGGGCGAACGUUUCGGCGAGGCGCUCGCAUCGCCUUGGGCGACAUCAAAUCUUCCUGCUGUCUCAGCUGACUGAUAACGUGUGCCGCCUCUUCUUGUAGCAUAUCCUAGUAUCCAAUGUACGCUUUUUUUUUUGUUACGCCGCCAAACUCUAUAUAAGAUUUUCACAGCGCACUUUUAUCUGCUGUCUUUUCCCUGACAAAAAAUGUUUUGAUUGGAAAGUGGCGCCCCCUGGUGUUAACACGAAGCAACUUUUUUUUAUGCUUGAAUGUGACGUCAGUUUUGGAGCUUCAUUGUGUAUAUUCAUGUAACAUGGAGGCCUUGUUUGUGUUCACUUUCACAGUGCAUUUACAAACACACGCCUGGAGGCCCGGUGCUUCCUUCAUUGUAGACUUCUUGAAUGUUUCCCCACUCGUGAAGCAUCUGUAGCAGCUUCUUGUGGAGUCUUGGACAAAUAUAAGAAUCACGCUUGGCACCAAUUGUUAGAUGGCAGUGCUGAUGAUGAAAAUAAUGCAAAUUUGAAGGGCCCAUCUGCGAGUGCAUCAGAACCAGGGCAGAAUGCCAAUGGGGCGCAAACUGGCCUAUAAUGCACGUGAGGCGUGGAACUUCUCACUUCAUUUCCCCCAAAGUCGGGCCAUGGGUUGCUAAGGAGUGUCAUGUAAAUUUACCGCACACUCUUCUGUCCUUCCAAAUGUUUGUCACCAUCCUCCCUGUCGUUUUGGGUGGGCGUUCACAACAUGCUGUAUUUACCUGAGAUAUUUGUAAAGGGAGGUCUUGUAUCUAUUUUUUAUUGCCAAUAGAGACAACCAAAUCAUGU